AUGGCGCAUCAGCAACCACAGCCUUCCUGUCAGCAGCAGCAGCAACAACAACAAUUCGUGUUUCCCAUUUUCUAUCAAGACUCUUCUUCCACCAAGAGAACAAGAGCCAAAUCCUCAGACAGCAGCAUGGAUGAAGAGACCAAACGACAACAGUGUCUAGAACGCAAUCGUCAAGCGGGUAAUUAUCUCAUAUUAGAACGGAAGAAAGCACAACAACAAGCGUUGGUAGCCAAAGCGGAUAAAUUAAUAUCACUCAAUGACUCACUUAAAGCCGAUCUCAAUGCUAUGCGUGAAGAGGCAAUCACACUGCGGAACAUGCUGUUGCAGCAUGAUUCGUGCGGAUGUGAUGUGAUACGUCAGUAUAUGCUGCCGUCCGUACAUGCAGCUCAAAACACUCAAUAA